GAAACAUCCGCUGCCAGGACAGAAGAAUCUCACGACGUUGCGGCCACCACCGCUCGAAACCCCCGCCACUCUCUCCACUCCAUAUACUCCGUCGAGACGGCACCAUGUUGAGGCAGACAUUGGCUCGCUCGGCUUGGCGGACUGGCAAGCACCCGGCCCGCGCGGCGAGCCGGACCUUUUCCGCGACAACACAGCGACCGGCCGAGGUCGAGCUCACAAUUGAUGGGAAGAAGGUCUCGAUCGAGGCCGGGUCCGCCCUCAUCCAAGCUUGCGAAAAGGCCGGCGUGACUAUCCCAAGAUACUGCUACCAUGAGAAACUCAUGAUUGCCGGCAACUGCCGUAUGUGCCUGGUCGAAGUCGAGCGGUCGCCCAAGCCCGUCGCGUCGUGCGCAUGGCCCGUACAACCCGGCAUGGUCGUCAAGACCAACUCGCCUCUGACACACAAGGCACGCGAGGGCGUGAUGGAAUUCCUCCUGGCCAACCACCCGCUCGACUGCCCCAUCUGCGACCAGGGCGGUGAGUGCGAUCUUCAGGACCAGUCGAUGCGGUACGGCGCCGACCGUGGCCGGUUCCACGAGAUUGGCGGCAAGCGCGCGGUGGAGGACAAGAACAUCGGGCCCCUCAUCAAGACAUCCAUGAACCGGUGUAUCCACUGCACGAGGUGCAUCCGGUUCGCCAACGACAUUGCCGGCGCCCCGGAGAUGGGCUCGACCGGCCGCGGCAACGACAUUCAGAUCGGCACCUACCUCGAGAAGAAUCUGGACACGGAGCUCUCCGGCAACGUCAUCGACCUCUGCCCCGUCGGCGCCCUGACCUCGAAGCCGUACGCCUUCCGUGCCCGCCCUUGGGAGCUGAAGCGGACCGAGUCCAUCGAUGUGUUGGACGGUCUCGGCUCCAACAUCCGUGUCGACUCGCGCGGCCUCGAGGUCAUGCGCAUCCUUCCCCGCCUCAACGACGACGUCAACGAGGAGUGGAUCAACGACAAGACCCGCUUCGCCUGCGACGGCCUCAAGACCCAGAGGCUCACGAUCCCGUUGGUGCGCCGGGACGGCAAGUUCGAGCCGGCCACGUGGGAGCAGGCCCUCACCGAGAUCGCGCACGCGUACCAGACCCUGGCCCCCAAGGAGAACGAGUUCAAGGCCAUCGCUGGUGAGCUCAUCGAGGUGGAGUCGCUCGUGGCGAUGAAGGACCUCGCCAACAGGCUGGGCUCCGACAACCUUGCCCUCGACAUGCGCAAUGGCAGCAAGCCGGUUGCGCACGGCAUCGACGUGCGGUCCAACUACCUCUUCAACUCCAAGAUCUGGGGCAUCGAGUCGGCCGACUGCAUCCUCCUGGUCGGCACGAACCCGAGACACGAGGCUGCCGUCCUGAACGCCCGCAUCCGGAAGCAAUGGCUGCGCUCGGAUCUCGAGAUCGGCGUCGUCGGUCAGACCUGGGAUUCCACCUUUGAGUUUGAGCACCUCGGCACCGACUUGAACGCGCUCAAGGAGGCCCUGGCCGGUCCCUUCGGCAAGAAGCUCCAGGCUGCGAAGAGGCCCAUGAUCAUCGUGGGCUCCGGCGUGACCGAGCACCCCGACGCCAAGUCCUUCUACGAGGCCGUCGGCCAGUUUGUCGACAAGAACGCCGCCAACUUCCUCACCGACGAGUGGAACGGCUACAACGUGCUGCAGCGCGCCGCUUCCCGGGCCGGCGCCUUCGAGGUCGGCUUCGUGACGCCCUCCGCCGCCGUGGCCGAGACCAAGCCCAAGUUCGUCUGGCUCCUGGGCGCCGACGAGUUCGACGAGGCCGACGUGCCCAAGGACGCCUUCAUCGUCUACCAGGGCCACCACGGCGACCGGGGCGCGCAGAUCGCCGACGUCGUCCUCCCCGGCGCCGCCUACACCGAGAAGGCCGGCACGUACAUCAACACCGAGGGCCGCGUCCAGAUGACGCGCGCCGCGACCGGCCUGCCGGGCGCCGCCCGCACCGACUGGAAGAUCAUCCGCGCCGUCAGCGAGUUCCUGGGCGUGCCCCUCCCGUACGACGACGUCGCCCAGCUGAGGGACCGCAUGGCCGAGAUCAGCCCGGCGCUCGCCGCCUACGACGUCGUCGAGCCCGUCGCGCUCAAGCAGCUCAGCAAGGUGCAGCUGGUGGACCAGAACAAGGGCGCUAAGCCCACGGGGGAGCCGCUGCGCAAGGUCAUUGAGAACUUUUACUUUACCGAUGUCAUCUCGAGGAGCUCCCCCACAAUGGCGCGCUGCUCGGCGGCCAAGGAGACGGGUGACCCGCGGACAAACUUCAUGGCGCCCGGCAUGGAAGAGGACAGGCCGAUGGGCCAGGUGGCGUACGGGGCAUAGAGAGAGUCAAUCCGACGAGGUGGCUGUUGUUGUAAGA